AUGGCCAGUGACUCACAUCGAGUGCACAUGGCAGACAAGCCUCAUUGUUGCCAAGUGGCACCACGUGGACAUUGUUCAGUGCACUGUGCUCGCAUCGAAGAUGUCCUAUACUCCCAGCGCAAAGGAAAGACAAACAAAGGUGCUCAACGUUGGCGUUGUAAGACCUGUGGAACUAAAUGGACUUCCAAAGGACUCAUCCCACCCAUCGUCCCUGAUACUUUAUCCAACAUUGGAUAUGGAAGUGGACCAGAGGAUCUUAGUAUGGAGAUGGCAUCACGUGCAGGUCGUCCAUUCAAGAAAUCUAGAGUGAUCGAUCAGAAUAGUGCCUCACCCUCUGGAUUCAGCUCAUUGUUUGGCCAGAGUCCACCAGAGUCCCCAAUGUCAUCUCCACCUUCACCUUCAUCAUCAAUGAUGUCUGCAGUGCCAUCAGGUCGUUCAAUGAGUUGUUCAGCAUACUCUGUUCCAUCACUCUCACAGUCCUCUAGUUUGGGUGGAGUUGGACCCACCAAGCCUGUUGUAAUGGUCGGUGGCCCUGGAAAUAACAACAUCAUCAUCAACAACAACAACAACAAUAGACCACUUAGUUACUCAUCAUCACAAGUCCAACAGAUGUCCAUGUCCAGCUCGUCUGUUCCAGUGAGUAGCCAUGGACGUCCAAUGACCCGCCUGCAGUCCAAGUCCCUGGCGGCAUCGACCAACAACUCGCCAACAGUCAACACACCAUCACCCAUCAAUACGAAGCCCAAGAUGGUCCAGUCCCAUUCAACAUCCAAGUUGCCCUACAUCCAAACUUCACCAUUCAACAACAACAAUCAACCGCCUCAACAACAACAACAUCAACAACAAUCAUCAUUGUCCCGAUCUACAACGGGAACUAAGUCAUCAUCAAUUCACAAGGAUGGCACGAGAUCCCUAGCCGACCCAUUCGGCAUGUCUGACUCACCACAGACCUGGUCACGAUCACCAUUUGCCAUCCACAAUGCACAUGGCGCGCCAUUCGUGCCGUCCAACUCGAUCAUCGAGUGUCUGCAGCGUGCUAUCCACUCAAUGUCUGUGUUCUCCAACGAGAUCUCGGCAGAGAACCGAGUGCGUCUGUGCCACUUCUUCACCAUCUUAUCCGCACCCAGCAGUGAGUCUCAUUACAACAGCCCUGCCACCAAGAACUUGCUGUCGGCCAUUGACGGACCCCUGUUUACCAUCGCCAAGAACUACCAGACACUGUAUCAGCGCAUUAGUCGCCAUCACUCUGCGAUGGAGGACAGUCUAGUGCCAUUGGGCGAGGUAUUCUUUGAUGAGAAUGAGGUGGCAUCAUUCCUAGAGUACAUGGAUAGGUACCAACCCCUGGAAGAGAUAUUCGAGGCCAUCCUCCAGGAGGUAACACUACAUCGCGAUGCACUACAAGGCAAGAAGGACUCAAUUGAGGCCUCAUUCAAUGAUCCAACUUUAUUGAACAAUCUAAUGUCCGCGUCAACUUCAGGAGGAUCCGACACCAACAUGGAGCACACUCGCAAUGAGACCAUCCGCAUACUUGACUCGUUGGCACCCCUAGAGUCCACUCUCACAAACAUUGAGGGCCGAUUCAGAGCCGUGCAGAAGGAGCUCAACUUUGUUCAAAAGGUACAGAGUCUCAUGGAGUUGUUGUACUCGAUCCAUAUUCAAACAUGGAAGGCCAUCAUUGACAAGCAUCAACGAAUGAUCCAGAACUACAUCAUCGAUGUCAUCCAGCAGACCCUAUGCAACGCCGACCGCAUGUCAUUCGCCUACAAUGUGCUGAGGUCUAUGAACCAGGGCAGCAAUAGACGAGGUGAUCCCGAUCUCGAUCAAUCACUCAUCGACAGUACCAACCCUUUCGUACUGCGUCUGACUGACCUGCUCAGCAAGUAUGAGUCCAAUCGCAUACGAACUGGUGGUCAUGCCUCGGCCAUUGUUGACCGCAAGGUGCUCGCAGUCUACCACUCUCAAUGCCUGGAUCACUCUGUGCCUGAAGACCACCCCGAGUCACCCAAGAGAUUGACCGCGGUCAUUCGUGCCAUCAAUGAGUUUUCCAAGCAGACCGAUCGCCUGGUCAUCAAGAGUGACCCUGACGAGGUGAACGAUAAGUGGAUACUGACUGUACACUCAGCUGACUACUUGAGACAGCUUGACGAGAUGACCGAGAAGCUGGACCACAACGAGAUCAGAGCACUCAGUGCCAACGAUGGUGCCACCCAAGUUGGUGGAGCAAUCCAAUUCUCCCCAGUCACCGACACUGAAGAUGGAGACACAUUCGUCUCGAAGCAUUCACUCAAGGCAGCCAGACGUGCAGUUGGUGCUACCUUGUGUGCGGUCGACCAGGUUAUGAAGGGUGCAGUCACCUCGGCAUUUGUAGCUGCUCGCCCACCAGGCCACCAUGCAGGUCGCGAGGGACUGACAUCGGGAACCAACUCACAGGGCUUCUGUCUGCUCAACAAUGUAGCCAUCGCGGGCAAGUAUGCCCAACUCAAGUAUGGCGUGGAGAAGAUAGCCGUCGUCGACUUUGACGUGCAUCAUGGCAAUGGCACCGAAGAGGUACUGGUGGGUGACCCAGGCUUCCUCUUCCUCUCCAUCCACAUGUUUGAGGAAGGCUUCUAUCCGGGCAGUGGCGGAGGCAAGUGUCACGGAGUGAUCCUGCCCAGUGGUGCCGUGCCGGCAAACGACCCUCAUCAACAGGACGAUCCCAACAUGGGCGCGCCAGCCAACAACAUUGUCAACAUCCCGCUCGACCCCAAGAGCACGGCCAACGCCUUCCUCAAAGCAUUCUCAAUCAUCAUCGACAAGCUGAACGAUUACCAACCCGACCUGCUACUUAUCUCUUGCGGUUUUGACGCGCACAUCGACGACCACCUGGCGUCGCUCUGUCUGCUCGAGGAGAACUACAUCGAGAUCACACGAUUGUUGCGCCAGGUAGCCGACCGCUGGUGCAAUGGCCGUCUUAUCUCUGUGCUCGAAGGUGGAUACAACAUAUCAGCCUUGAAGCAAUGUACUAUAGCGCACUUGACUGCAUUGACAGAGGAUGACAAUCAAUAA